AUGUUUGCAGCACAGCGCCAGUCGCUCCUCCCCCUUCUCAAGUGGAAACCCGAGCAUCGUGGGGGCCUCUACUUCAUCGAAACAAGUGAUGAACAAUCAGGCCGGCUCCGACAUGGAGUUCUGGAGGACGACGAAGUCCAUAACUGGGUCCUAGCAAAUUCGUGUCUACCAGAGUCUCCUCCACCAAAGUCGAUGUUGGGCGGCUUUCGGCUCCUACUGUGCGAGAGGUCGAGUCUGCGAGACGAAGGUUUACAGUGGCGAGAGCUGCACAUGAGCAGAGACUCGUUUACCCUCGUGGAAGAAGCGUUCCUCCUUCCCAGCGCGACGGUCCCGGCAUUUUUUGACAUGGUCGGUGUAUAUUCCCGGUUCACAGAGUGCGACGCUGCCACGAGCAAGAUCAAGUAUCUCAAGAUUCUCGUCCAGGGACGCCGGAAACUUGGGGUGGCGGAUUGCGUGCUGUCUCUUUGCUACUGUCGUGACACCGGCUGGACCUACGGAUUCCUCUGCGGCGAGGGGCUCAUGGAGGCAGCCGAGAUCAUGAACACUGAACCUCUCAUGCCUGUUCUACUGGGUUUGCUGAACCCAUGCCUUCAUCUCAAAUCCGAUCCCAUACUUAUUCCUGCCAUGCUACUCAAGAUCUACACUGAACGUAUCCACCUCUUCUUGAGGAAGCAGAUCGUUAGAUUGGACGAGCUGGAGGAGGAGAUUGGGGUGAGUCGUCCUGGCCGAGUCACGAAGGCGCGAUCGCUUGAGAACUGGCCUAGCGACAUCGAUAUUAAGAAGGUGACAAUUGGCCUACACUCAAUAGCCACGGAACUAUACUAUCUGAACCGAACCUGUCUCUGGACCCACGAGUGCCUUGAAUUCCUCCAUACGUUGGCAGUAGAGUGCCUGGACUACACCAACAGAUGUCCUACCAGACAUGUCGAAAUGCGGCAGGGAAUUGAAUAUGAGACCACGAGGAUGAAAUGGAUAGCUGGCACUCUCGACACGAGCAAAGAGAGAGUGGAGACGCAGCUGAGCGUGUUGUACUCUGCAACAAGCCAGAGGGAGAACGCCAUUGCCCUCAACUACAGUCGAAUGGCGCAAGAGCAGAACGAAAUCUCCCUUCGCGACGUUCAGAUGAACACGCGCAUUGCCACGUCGACCAAACAGGACAGCAUCGCCAUGACAACCUUCACCUUCAUCGCAGCCCUCUUCCUGCCGGGGACAUACGUCGCAUCACUGUUCAGUAUGAGCAUGUUCGAUUGGCUACCCUCAGACGGGAAUGGUAGCGGUGGCGCACCGAGGGUAUCAGCCAACUUCUACAUCUACUGGUGCAUCACGGUCCCGUUGACGCUGCUGGUCAUGGCAGGAUGGUACGUGUGGUACAGGAGGGCCGAUCAAGCAUGGCAGAAAGACACAGGGUACAGCCUGAAUGAUAACACUGGUGCAAACAGGACUGUAGAAGUAGGGGUAAAAUCUGAUGGGUAA